UUAUGAUUUGUGUGUGUAGGAUGAGAGAUAAAAACAAGAAAUAUAUGCGCGAAUGAACCAUUGAAGAAACAACCAAAGACUGAAGAAGAAGCAAACGAAACGAAGCAAGAAGAAUACAAUUUUCAAGAGUGAAUCAGUUGCGGUGUGAAGACAGAAUUAAGUAUAUAAAGUUCGAUCACUCGUUCGUACGGCAUUAAAACCAACGCACCAAACAAAAACGUUAAAAUGGCCAUCGGAAGUUCUGUGUAUCAGCCGACGACAGUGUCCUAUGAGCCUCGUCCGGGUAGUUUGUUGAGUCAAACAACAGCCGUAUCACCGCUUCAAGUGUUGCGCAAACCAUAUGUACAAGUGAUUUUGUUGACGUUAGGAAUUAUUUCUAUAACCGGCGGCAUUGUUCUUAUCGUCAAUGCAUCAGACGAUUAUGAAUAUACCGAAGAGCAUCGACAAGAGAAACCAAUGGAAAUGGUUGAAACGGCCGAGGCCAUUGAUAUUACUUUGAUUGUGGGUGGAAUUUUGUUGACACUUUUUGGUUUCGUAUUGGUAGCAUUGUAUAUCAAAGUGGCCGAAUGGCGAAGACAAUGUGUAUGCCCAUGUGGUCUGUCCAAGAAACAAGGACUGAUGGCACGACAGCUUCAAACAAGUGGAACUCAGCUGCCAUUGAAUCCAAGUAGUUUUGAUCCAUUAGUAUCACAUACUCAAUAUGCUCCUGUUUCCGAGCUUCCACGACCUGAUGACGAAGAAUGCCGCACUUUAAUGACAGACAACAAAGAUUGUCUUAGCAGCGCAGAGGAAUCCGAUCGAAUGCUAGACCCCGAUCCUCGCAUCGUACUGCGACCACUUGGCCAUGUGGAAGACGCUUAAAUAUGAAGCAAAAUUCAUUUGAUUUCUCUGCACAACAUGACCAAUUCCUAUAUAAUUAUUGCUUAUGAUUCGAAUCGUAGCAUUUACGAUCAAUCUUCUAACUUCACAAGAACACAUCGCAUUGUGUUUGAGCAUUUUUUAGUGAAACAAUUGAGAUAAUUGAAAAUACCCCGGUGAAUUUUACAAAAUGCAACGAAACAAUACUUAAUAUUCACUUACCUCACCAACCAAUACUACGCGUACCUAACCCUCAACCGGGCAGGUCAAAAUCCUAACGUUAUCGGGCAAGUGGGGCCUCUGAGGCCCGACGUACAUUUUCCAUGCAAAUUCAAUAAAAAAUUUUUUUUUCAAAUUUCAUUGAAUUUAUACGACGAAAAUUACUGUUUUAACAUAUGUAAAUAGAUAUUGAAUUAAAUAUGUUUUUUCUAAAAUAUAACUGAAAAAAUGAAAAAAUAAUCAAUAUUUAUUCCGAAUCGGUUCAGUAGUUCUUAAGUACAAAUUUUUCACUUCAUUUUAAAAAAUUUGAUGACAUUUUGUAUGGAAAAUGUACGUCCGGUAGUUGUUCAAACCUCAAUACAGCGCUACUUAGGGAACCAAAUUCAAAACAACUUUUAUCAACGAUUAGUAGAAGGAUGGAAGAAUAUAUUACCAAACAAUUUGUUUGAUUAAAAUAAUAUUUUAUGCAAUUUUAUGUAUCUGUUUUUAAAAAAAAAUGCGCUACCGCGCCUCAGAGACCCGACCUGCCCGGUUAAGGGUUAAUAUAAACAGCUUUAAUUGAUCAAAAUUCCAAGCGCUCGAAGGAACUUGGACUUUUUUAUAUUCGGCAUAUUAUUCAUUAUUUAUUUGUCAUGUUUUGUUUUUUUUUUCAAUAAUUUUGCGGAUCUGAAUAAUUUAGUACAAAACAAAAUCUCGGAAAAAUCGGAACUGUAUUGUAUUAGAAUCUCAUAUAAGUAAUCAGAGCAUUUUUAUACAAAAAACGAGGCUCAAUCAAAAUUAUUUUACAAAAAAAGUUUUUGAUUAUGAUUUAAUUCAAUAUCAAUCUUUGAGGGUGAUAAAAAUGAAUGGUUUGAGUUUAGAUCUAUGAACAUGUUGGCAGUUCUAUUUUUUUAAUGGAAGAACUGGUAGAUAGAAAAAACGUGUAACGUGAUAGAAAUAAGAAGACAUUUUUAUGUUUUAAAAACAUGCAUCAAAAUUUAUUCAUUUUCGCCAAUUUUAUAGACAAAUAUUUUUUAUGGAAGAAAUGUCUGUAUUUCCACCAUUUUUGGUUAUUGAUUAUGCGCUGGAUGAUAGACAACGAGUUGUAUGAAUUAAUAAGAUUAAUAUUUCUCGAUGUUACUCUAGUAAGUUAUAUAAGUAAUUACUUUCGACAGUUUUUCUCGGCAAUAUUUGGUAAUAAAAUGACUUACUUGUUAGCUUA